GCAGCGAGGGCUUCGCGCGCUUCUCGCUCUACGUCACCGUGUGCUUAGGCUCUGAGCUUUCAAAAUGCAGCGGGAAUUGGUGAGUUUCCCGCUGUCUCCCGCGGUGCGCGUAAAGCUGGUGGCUGCAGGGUUCCAGACUGCCGAGGACAUCCUGGAGGUGAAGCCCUCUGAGCUCAGCAAAGAAGUUGGGAUAUCUAAAGAGGAAGCUUUAGAAACUCUACAGAUCAUAAGAAGAGAAUGUCUCGCAGAUAAACCCGGAUGUGCUGGUGCUUCUGUAACAGUCAGGAAGUGCACAGCCCUGGAACUUCUUGAACAGGAACACACCCAGGGCUUCAUAAUCACCUUCUGUUCAGCGCUAGAUAACAUUCUCGGGGGUGGAAUACCCCUAACGAAAACGACAGAAGUUUGUGGUGUACCAGGUGUUGGGAAAACACAAUUAUGUAUGCAAUUGGCAGUGGAUGUGCAGAUUCCAGAAUGCUUUGGAGGAGUGGCUGGUGAGGCAGUAUUUAUUGACACAGAGGGAAGUUUUAUGGUUGAUAGAGUGGCAACCCUUGCAACUGCCUGCAUUCAGCACCUUCGCCUUAUAGCAGGAGCACACACGGACGAAGAACAUCAGAAAGCCUUGGAGGAUUUCACUCUUGAAAAUAUUCUUUCCCAUAUUUAUUAUUUCCGUUGUCAUGAUUACACUGAGCUGCUGGCACAAGUCUAUCUCCUUCCAGAUUUCCUUUCAGAUCAUUCAAAGGUACAGUUAGUGAUAAUCGAUGGCAUUGCAUUUCCUUUCCGUCAUGACUUUGAUGAUCUGUCCCUUCGUACGCGGUUACUGAAUGGCCUAGCCCAACAAAUGAUCAGCCUCGCAAAUAAUCACAGAUUAGCUGUUAUUUUAACAAAUCAGAUGACAACAAAGAUUGAUAAAAGUCAAGCAUUACUUGUUCCUGCAUUAGGGGAAAGCUGGGGCCACGCUGCUACGAUAAGGCUUAUUUUUCAUUGGGAACAAAAGCAAAGAUUUGCGACAUUGUACAAGUCGCCAAGCCAGAAGGAGUCCACAAUACCUUUUCAGAUCACACCUCAGGGAUUUAGAGAUGCUGCCAUCACUGCUCCUUCGUCACAGGCAGGAUCGUCUUUGAAUUUCCGGAAACGGUCACGAGAACGAGAGGAAGAGUGCUGACCCAAAACUAAUCUCAGUAUACAGUUAGACUCACCAUGUGAUAUUCAUUGUAGUGCAUAUAAGUUUUGAUACUCUUUAAAUAUAAGCACAUAUUCUUUAAAAUAUAGACACAUUCACUCAUGCCAUGAGUGAAUCAUAAUUAUUUGAUAUGAAUGGGAAAUAGUUACAGACUCUUCUGGAAAGAAAAAAUUUUUUUCUGUAUGCAUAUGCCAUGGUGUACUUGUAUUAAGCGGACAACUUGGGCAGUCAAUUUUCUACUUUCACUUUCCCUUUAAUUUUUAUUUGUAUAGGUGUUUCCCAUUUGUAUGGGUGUUUUCCAUUUGUGUGUGUGUGUGUGUGUGUGUGUGUGUUCACUAUGUGCUGGUGCCUGUGUGUGUGUGUGUGUGUGUGUGUGUUCACUAUGUGCUGGUGCCUGUGUGUGUGUGUGUGUGUGUGUGUGUGUGUGUGUUCACUAUGUGCUGGUGCCUACAAAAGCCAGAGUAGGUUGGUGGAUCCCCUGGAAUUGAAGUUACAAAUGAUACUGAGCCACCAUGAAGGUGCUGGGAACCAGACCCCAGCCCUCUAUAAGAGCCAAAGAUGUUCCCUAAUGCUGAGCGGUGGUGGCGCACACCUUUAAUCCCAGCACUUGGGAGGCAGAGGCAGGUGGAUCUCUGCAUGUGAAGCCAACCUAGUCUACAGAGUGAAUUCCAGGAUAGGCAGGGCUAUAUAAAGAAACCCUGUCACUGAGUGAGAAUCCAGUCUUUUUUCCUCUACUUAUUGUCUCCAGUUGGUUUGGACAAACAAGUCUACCUGGCAGAUGGUGGUUGCAUUUGGAUUUCAUCUUAGAAUUAGAUUGUAUGAUCAAUUAAAAAGAUACAGAUUUUCUUUUAUUUCAUGUCAUCAAUAUGAUUACCCUUUCUGGUAAUUGAUGUACAUACAUGAAUAUUGAUAGUAUGACUUUUAAGUAGCCAUCAAAGAUUAAUGUGGCUAAAAGUUUGCUUCUAGGGAGGUAUUAUUGGAAGGUAGUAGAAACUAAGAAGUGGGGCCUUAUGGGAAAUUUUAAAUCAUUGAGGGUGUACUUCAUAGAGGAUUGUGGGACUCCAGGUCUGUUUUUUCUCUUGCUUCCUGGUCUUGAUGAGGUGAACAAUUUGGUCUUGUCAUGUGUACUUCAGGUAUUGCCAUCUGGCAAUCCAACCAGAGACCUGGAAGCACUGAGUUUGUCUGAUCAUGGGUGCAACCUCUAAAACUGAGCCAAAAUAAACCUUUUAUCUCAGCAAGUAUAGUGAUGAAAAGCUAACACAAAUAGAUUUGUAUGCACACGAAUAUUUUCAAGAUUUAUGAGUGUUUUCCUGCUUACAUAUCUGUGUACCAUGUCUGUAAAGCUCAGGAGAGAAUGUUGAAUCCCUAGGAACUCUGACAGGCAGUUCUAAAAUACCAUUGAGGUGCUGGAAACAGAGCUUAAGUCUUCUCUAAGAGCAGCAAGUACUCUUAACCACUGAAACAUCUUUCCAGUCCCCCAGUGUGACUUUUUUUUAUUGGUAUAUUCAUUGUACAUAAUAAUGGGUUUCAUGAUGACUUUUGUGUGCUUUUUG